AUGUCACUACCCCUCCCUACCCUCUCACCAUCCGAGGUUUCAUACAUCCAAACCUCUCUAUCCGACCCCACUCAACCUACUCGAUCUGACUCUCGUUCACUGCUCGAUACACGUCCUAUCGAAGUAUCCUAUGGGGUAUUUCCUCAUGCAAACGGUUCGUCAAGGAUAAAGAUCGGUGGGACAGAGGUUGUGGCAGGUAUAAAGUUGGAAGUUGUCGAUUCGUCAGAAUCAUCAAAAGGAUGGACAGGAAAAGUAGAAGUUGACAUAACACCCCAAGCAUUCCCUUCUUCCCAACCAUCCAACCUCUCCUCCUCGUCCGCCUACCUCUCUUCAAUUGUCCAAUCCCACUUCAUACCCUCCAUCCCUCCCUUAGUCAUCAUACCAAAUCAAAAAUACUUCCAACCACAAAUUCAUCUUACAUUGAUAUCAUCCGACGGAAACGUACUCUCCGCUUUGGUAUUAGGUGCGAGAAGUGCGUUUGCAGAUCUAAAAUUACCCAAGAUUAAGAUAAUAUCUUGGGUAGGUGAGAAUGGCGAAACUGCCGAAAGCCAAGGCGAGGGAGAUGUAAUAGGUAAAGGUGAUUUAUCAGGUAUAAAAGCUGCUAUCAAAUCGAAAUCGAGAAGGGGUAGGAACGUAACGAAAGGAGGUGAAGAUUGGGAUCUGGAUCUGUCGGAGGAUCUGGUUCAUAUAGAUGGGAGAGAAGAAUUACCCGUGUUGGUUACGUUAAAUAUGGUCCCAAACUCGCCUAAUAUUUUCCUGGACGCAACAGCCCAAGAAGAAUCAGCUUGUCCAUCCAAACUGCAUUUAUUCUUUAACACCUCGUCCAAAGAAAAAUCAUUGAGAAUAUGCGGAAUAAGAUUAGAAGGUGGUCAAUCGAUUGAUGAUUCCAGGAUAAAAGGAUUGAUAGAGGAAGGAGCGAGGAUAGCAGGGGAAUUGAUAUCAGGACUCAAUGGCAAUUUGCCUCAGUAA